AUGUGCCGCGACAUCACGCUCACAUUCACCUGCACACCGGCGCACCCGACGCACAAGGUGACCAUCUCACAGUGCUGUCCGAAAGCCAAACCGGCCAAAGCGUCAGCGUCAGCCCCAGCCUCCUCUUCGUGCCUGGAUCCGGACUCCUCGGGCUCAGGUUCAGGCCCAGGUUCAGGCCCAGGUUCAAGCCCAGGUUCAAGCCCAGGCUCAGGGUUCGGACUGUCCCUCACGCGCAGUAUCUCGCGUGCUCUCGAGCGUAAACCAGAUCCCGAGGUGCUCAGAGCGUACACGUUGGCCGCGAACCGUGCGUGCGAAGCGUGUGACGAGGCCCGGAGGAAGGUCGCCGACCCGCCCCGCCUGCAGGAUCUCGAUGGACAUCUGGGAAAUAGGCAUGCCUUUAGUGUGGAGGAGGGUAUGAGGGAGUGCGCUCAAUUAAGCGCGUGGGUUCAAAGGUUGUAA